AUGGCAGACCAGAAGCAGACAAGGAGACGCAGGUCUAGUAGUAUCCUGCAGAUUUACCAAGAGCCUCAGGAGCCCAUUGAGCAAUUGAGUGACCAGUCGGCCCUGCCAAACCUUAACGCGCAAUGGGUCAAUGCAAAAGGUGCUUGGACAAUUCACUUUGUCCUCAUUCUCGCUCUCAAGAUCUUCUAUGACGUUAUCCCCGGCGUGUCACAGGAAACCUCUUGGACUUUGACAAAUAUCUCGUACAUGUUUGGAUCGUAUCUAAUGUUUCAUUGGGUCCGGGGUACGCCAUUCGAGUUCAACAGCGGCGCCUAUGACAAUCUGAACAUGUGGGAACAAAUCGACGAUGGAGCUCAGUACACGCCUGCCAAGAAGUUCCUACUCAGUGUACCCAUUGUACUCUUCUUGCUCAGCACUCACUACACCCAUUAUGAUUUGACCUACUUCACCAUCAACUUUCUUGCUACACUGGGUGUCGUGAUACCGAAAUUGCCAUUUAGCCACCGCUUGAGAGUGGGUCUCUUGUCCGGCAUUCCGGAGGAAGCGUAG